AUGUCUAUGCACCGAGCAUCCCUCAGCGUGGUCCGCACCUGCAUCCGGCCCGGCCUCGGAACGGCCCCACUUCGCCGAUUCCAGGUCCGGCAGCAAUCCACCGUUAGCAGCGACGGCGACAUCGGUGGCCUUGGAGGCCAGCAGGCGCCACCACCCGGCCGCGGUGGCCGGGACUUUAUCAAGCAGAACUGGGUUCGUCUCGGAGGUGCCGCUCUAAUCAUUGCGAUCGGCUUGUCGUACAUGUCCUCUCCACCAAAGAAGACCGAGUCUAGAGAUGUCAAGGCUGCCAAUUCCACCGAGAUUGGCAUGCAGCCGCCAGCCAAAUAA